UUCUAAUUGAUUGGCUGCUUCUUAUAGGAAUACUGACCUUCAAUCAAGGUGCAGGAUCAGGGAUUGGGUUCUUAUCGAAGAUUUGAAAACCAGACGGCUGCUGCUUUGCACAAGCGAGGAAGAUUCCUCUAUUCCUGAUUUUUCCUCUAAGCUUUCCAACUCCUCCUGGGUGUGGAUUGCACACUGGAGGCAUACAGCUAAGUCAACACUGGGACAUGCUGAGAACUUUUAAGGAUUGAUUUUUUUAACUGAAACCGCCAAGAAUUGUGGCUUUUUUAUUUUAAAAACAUUCAAAGGUGAUUUUUUUUUUUCUAUAUAUAAAGAAGAUGCUACGCUGUAGAAACCUUCUAGGCGUGUUUAUGGUCUUUCUGCAGCGGUGUGGAAGAGAAGCCAGUGAGGCAAACACGACCUCCUCGGUUCUGGAAAGAGAUGCUUCCAACAUGACGACCCCCACUGUGAGCAGCCCCGCUGAGCCCGUUAACAUCGCCGCCAUCGUCGCUCCCGUUGUGAUCGUGGGCUUUCUCGUCAUCGCGGGCAUCACCGGCCUGGUCGUCUUUCUGAAGAUCCGGGAGAAACGGCAGACCGAGGGAACGUACCGACCGAGCAGCGAGGAGCAGGCUGGGGCUCGCGUCCAGCCCAACGCCCUGAAACUCCCUCCAGGGGAGCGGCUCAUCUAGACGUUGGUACUCGAAGACCGAAAGCUUGUCAAGUCUUGUGCUUUCCAGUCCCUCCUGAAGAUUUUACUGUGUUUGGAGUUUUCCCAUCAAACCAGCUGCUGGAGUUCUGCCCCCUGCUGGGAACACGUUGACACCACACCCUUUUGAAAGUGUGAAACGCCUCGCACGGUUGGAUUUGCUGAAGUCCGCCGCUAGGAUGGGCAAAUGACCAUUACCGAGCUGGCUGACCCCCCUGAUUGCCCUCUUGCACUCAAACGUGUUCCCUGCAGUAUGAAGCAUGUCAGCUCUGUCAAAUAGAAGCUUGGAAUUGCAUUACUGUUGUCAUUCUGCGUUGCUUUCAAAGCCAAGGUAAAAAGGUCUGCUUGA